CUAUCUGUAGGGUGUGGCUUAUACGUGAGCCUGCUGUUCCAGGAAAGGCUGGGCAGACAGUUUCUCUUUGUUGCCUUGUGUGGCAGUCAGAAUGGACGAAGGUAGACAGGAGCUCUGGCUCUCUCUCCUGAGCUUACUGAUCAUAUCCAUCAACGCCGUGAUGUUCUGGCGUAGAGGCGGAAGAGACGCGCGCUGGUCGCUCAGGCUCCUGCUGAUGGGACUGAUGCUGUGCUUUCUGCUUUCUCCUGGAUCUGUGUUAGUGUUGCUGUUGAGUGUGUGCUGCAGCGUGGUCCACUUCAGUGCAGGAAAAGAAGAGGUUUUGCUGCCAGCACAAGGCAGAGCAGUGCUCAUCACAGGUUGUGACUCUGGGUUUGGCCUUAAUCUUGCUAAGAUGCUGGCCAUGGCUGGGAUGAAGGUGUAUGCUGGUGUGCUGGAUGGCUCUGGGCCAGGUGCAGAGGAGCUUAGGACGAUCUCUUCAUCACAACUUACUGUCCUACAAUUCGAUAUCACAGACCUCAACCAGACCUAUGAAGCUCACCAACUUAUAAAGAGUCAGAUAGGAGAGACAGGUCUUUGGGGAUUGGUGAAUAAUGCAGGAGUGCUUGGAUAUACAUGUGAUGGGGAAAUUCUUCCCAUGCGGAUUUUAAGAAAAAUCAUAGAGGUCAAUUUUAUUUCGGGUGUGGACGUGACCAGAGUUUUCUUGCCUAUGAUUCGACAAGCAAAAGGAAGGAUUGUUACUGUAUCCAGUCUGGCAGGAGAAGUUCCUUUCCCUGGCUUUGCUGCAUAUGGAGCAUCAAAGGCAGCUUUGACUCUAUACUUUGGCGUUAUGAGGCAGGAACUGGCCCGGUGGGGAGUCAAAGUGGCCAUUAUUCAGCCUGGGGGUUUCAAGACCAACAUUCUAGGCAAUCAAGAACAAUGGGCUAAAAUUCAGAAGGAGAUCUUCAGCACUCUGCCACCAGAAGUGACAGGGGCGUAUGGAGAGGAAUACAUCUGCUCCAUGCAACAUCGUUUAAGCAACAUGACUGCACAUGCCUGCACCAAUUUUGCACCUGUUCUGCAUGCUAUAAAGCAUGCACUACUCUCAGAAACACCAAGACCCUUUUACCACCCGGGACCCACUGCCUGGGCAUUUCCAUUCAUGCACAGGUUCUGUCCAACCUGGUUAUUUGAUAUUAUUUUUCCACACAUGCUUUAUCAAAGUUAAACUACCAAACCUGGCGUCAAAUCAG